AUGGCUGCAACUUUUCUCACAAGCAGCAAGUCACCUGCAAGCACAUUGAGCAAGAUGCCUGUCGAUCUUUCCAUCUUGUUCAUCAAGGGAGUCUUCAAGACUUGGGACCUCAUCCUACGAGCAUUUCACCCGCUUCACCUCUUCUCUAAGUUUGUCCUCCACCUUCCCACGAGUUUGUUCGCAAGGGAGGACAAGACCCGGAUAGUCAUCGUUGGCGCUUCCUUCGCAGGACUGGAGGCGGCUCAGCACCUGGCAGCUCACGGCGAGCACAUAGAAGUGACGCUGAUCGACGAGAAAGAAUACUUCGAGUUCACCCCGGGGAUCUUCCGAUGCUUCAUCAACCCUCAUCACAUCUCAGACCUGACGUGCGCAGUCGACGCCUCCCUGGGCCGCAUGGUGAGAGGGCGUGUCAAGGACGUGGAGGACGGGCAGGCAAGGACAGCCCAGGGCCCCAGCUCACUGCCUGCUCAGGAUCAACACGCGAGACUCGUCUCUUCCUCCUCCGUCAUCAUCGUCGGGGGUGGGAUGGCGGGAGCUGAGCUAGCAGCUGAGAUCAUAUCUGCCUUCCCCAGCAAGUCCGUGACUGUAAUUCAUGCACAUGAGAGCAUGUGCAAGGAACUUCCUGCUGCAGCCAAGGCCUACGUGGAGCAGUGGCUGAGAAAGAGAGGAGUGAAGUUGAUGCUUCAUCGCCGCGUGAUGGAGUUUGAUGAGCAUCGUUGCGUGCUGGAGGGCGGGGAAGUCCUGGAGGCCGACAGCGUCUACUUGUUGUGCAGCGGCAUGUCUCCUCGUUCCGAUGCUGUAGCAAGGAACGCGCAGCCGGGGCAAGUUAAGGUGCAAGGAAGGAUCAACGUGUUUGCCGCCGGAGACGUGAUGAUGCAGGAUGACUGCGAUGAAGUGAAGUCCGGAUAUCUCGCCGAGAGAAACGCCAAGAUCGCAGCAUGCAACAUCCUUCAUCACAUGCACGGAGAGCAGCUGCUGUCAUACCCUGAAGAUGUGUUCGGGGAUGUGAGCAUGAUCCCGGAGGUUUACUGCCUCUCGCUCUCCAAGUACGAUGGGGUCCUCGCCUUCAACAACCUCGUCGUCACAGGAAGAAUUCCUGCUGUCUUCAAGUGGCUGAUCGAGGCAAAUUCUGCUGCUGCUGCUGCUCCUCCUCCUCCUCCUCCUCCUGAGCUGACACUCUUUCAUGUCUUCAACUGGUUUCUCAUGAGGGGGAUGCUUGCCUGCAAGGCCUACUGUCACAUCAACGGCAUCAUGUCAGUCUUCGCUUCCAACCAUCUCAUCAAACCCAAUGAGGCUCUCAAGAUCCACAGCAAGUGA